AACGACCUCAUCAAACCGUAAAAUGAUUGAUACAGAUGCCUCAGACAACCAACAAACGACCUCAUCAAACCGUAAAAUGAUUGAUACAGAUACAACAGACAACCAACAAACGACCUCAUCAAACCGUAAAAUGAUUGAUACAGAUACAACAGACAACCAACAAACGACCUCAUCAAACCGUAAAAUGAUUGAUACAGAGACAACAGACAACCAACAAACGACCUCAUCAAACCGUAAAAUGAUUGAUACAGAUGCCUCAGACAACCAACAAACGACCUCAUCAAACCGUAAAAUGAUUGAUACAGAUACAACAGACAACCAACAAACGACCUCAUCAAACCGUAAAAUGAUUGAUACAGAUACAACAGACAACCAACAAACGACCUCAUCAAACCGUAAAAUGAUUGAUACAGAUACAACAGACAACCAACAAACGACCUCAUCAAACCGUAAAAUGAUUGAUACAGAUACAACAGACAACCAACAAACGACCUCAUCAAACCGUAAAAUGAUUGAUACAGAUACAACAGACAACCAACAAACGACCUCAUCAAACCGUAAAAUGAUUGAUACAGAUACAACAGACAACCAACAAACGACCUCAUCAAACCGUAAAAUGAUUGAUACAGAUGCCUCAGACAACCAACAAACGACCUCAUCAAACCGUAAAAUGAUUGAUACAGAUACAACAGACAACCAACAAACGACCUCAUCAAACCGUAAAAUGAUUGAUACAGAUACAACAGACAACCAACAAACGACCUCAUCAAACCGUAAAAUGAUUGAUACAGAUACAACAGACAACCAACAAACGACCUCAUCAAACCGUAAAAUGAUUGAUACAGAUACAACAGACAACCAACAAACGACCUCAUCAAACCGUAAAAUGAUUGAUACAGAUACAACAGACAACCAACAAACGACCUCAUCAAACCGUAAAAUGAUUGAUACAGAUGCCUCAGACAACCAACAAACGACCUCAUCAAACCGUAAAAUGAUUGAUACAGAUACAACAGACAACCAACAAACGACCUCAUCAAACCGUAAAAUGAUUGAUACAGAUACAACAGACAACCAACAAACGACCUCAUCAAACCGUAAAAUGAUUGAUACAGAUACAACAGACAACCAACAAACGACCUCAUCAAACCGUAAAAUGAUUGAUACAGAUACAACAGACAACCAACAAACGACCUCAUCAAACCGUAAAAUGAUUGAUACAGAUACAACAGACAACCAACAAACGACCUCAUCAAACCGUAAAAUGAUUGAUACAGAUACAACAGACAACCAACAAACGACCUCAUCAAACCGUAAAAUGAUUGAUACAGAUACAACAGACAACCAACAAACGACCUCAUCAAACCGUAAAAUGAUUGAUACAGAUACAACAGACAACCAACAAACGACCUCAUCAAACCGUAAAAUGAUUGAUACAGAUACAACAGACAACCAACAAACGACCUCAUCAAACCGUAAAAUGAUUGAUACAGAUGCCUCAGACAACCAACAAACGACCUCAUCAAACCGUAAAAUGAUUGAUACAGAUACAACAGACAACCAACAAACGACCUCAUCAAACCGUAAAAUGAUUGAUACAGAUGCCUCAGAUGUUAACUGUACAACUGGUUGGAUAACAACUUCUGGUUUGAGGUCCUGCUAUUUUUUUAGUAACGACAAAAAAGAUUGGAUAGGAGCGCAGUCAAGAUGCCAUAAACUAGGCGGAUCCUUAACAGAUAUAGAAACGAACAUUGAAUUGAAUUUUCUAAACCAUGAAGUGAGGAGUCGGUCUAUAGUUUAUUGGAUAGGUGGAACGGACAACGGUACGGAAGGCAUAUUUAGAUGGGAACCGAGCGGUCAACCAUUCAAUGUAACAAUAGUCAAUGUGAAAACCUGGGGUCCUGGCGAACCGAACAAUCUCGGUAAUAUCGAGCAUUGUGUCGAUUACCAUCACAAAGCGUGGAACGACGCUCCAUGCGAUGCAAAAGUUAACUACAUAUGUGAAAUUAAGGUUUGAAUGAACAUGAGACCAGGAAAGAUACAGACGUUGAAUACUGAUAAACAUAUGAAUAUAAAAAUAACAGUCUAUUCAAAUAAUAUACAUAUUGAUUGUGAAGUAUAAAUAAAAUGAAAUGUCAAAAUAUCAGUUAUAAAACAACACAAAAUAUACAAGAAGGGUAUAUGUUUAGAAUGAUUUUACAAACCAAACAUUGUUGGCGCAUUACCAUCGAACUGGAAUAGUUCUAAAUUAUAAACUUUACUAAGUAAUUAUGAAUAAAAGUAAUCAAAUUCUUGCAACUUUGCUCAAUUAAGAGACUGAUAUAUAAUUAAUCACGAGCGUAAACAAAAACUUGGA